AAGUCUCAUGUUUUGGUUUCUUUAAAUGCAAUUAUUUGCAUUUAACACUCAUAAGUCACUUAGAUUUUAAAACGUCAACAUACCAGACGCUCUUCGUCUAUAUUUCUAAGAUAAACGGCAACAAUUUCCGCGCCGAGACCUCCAUGCGGCUGUUGACGGAACAGCCAGCCGCCUUUCUGGUUAGCCAUCAGGGAUCUCAGUUUAAUAUCACACCGUAUGGACUCGCCCUCUCUCGCCUGACUGCUAGAACCGUCAACGCCAACCUGCAUAAACCCGCCUUCUGUUCUGCUUAUGGUGUUGGAACUGACUGGUUAGUUUACGCACACUGGCUUACUUUUUAAGCCCAUUUGUUGGUAAGCACACAGUGCGCCAAAGGACCUUGUCACGGUAGGUAUCCUCACAGACUCGCUAUGCCUAGAAUGGCGGCUCUAGAACCGUCGUUGUGCCAGUGAACCAGUCACGGUCUCGGGUGUAACAUUUUUUUCCAACCGAGCAGUGAAAACUGCUUACUAAAAUGCAGUGGGAUGCAACAAAAUAAGUGACGAAGGAUUUCUAAUAUUUUAACAUUGACGCUGUAGCAUUAACGAUACGGAAUAUACAUUAUUUUCAGUUGUCUUGAUUUCUUCGGUGCUCACCCCCAAUCGAGGACCCUGGCUGCUUCGCAAGCCAGCUACAAGCCUUGUCCGUUUGUGUAGCUAGCUACAUUGCUAGCUACCGUGGUACAAAAAAAUAAAAGUACUGAAGCGACCGGGUUUUCAAUCUUGAUAAAAUACCGCACAGAUGAAUGGGGAAAUGGAACCGUCCAUCAAAGAUAUAGUAUGGCCUCAGGAUGAUCUGCUUAAACUGUUGGAGGUCAUGAAAGUGAACCUCCCUCAGAAAGACCUGACUAAGUAUAAAACAUCAGAGUCACAUCUUGAUUGGGAAAAGGUAGCCUUUAACUCCUACACAGCAGAGAUGUGUAAACAGAAAUGGCUGGAGGUCUCCAAGGAGAUUCGUAAGUUUCGUACAUUAACAGAGCUGAUUUUUGACGCCCAAGACUACAUUAAGAAUCCCUACAAAGGCAAGAAGCUCAAGAAGCAUCCAGACUUUCCAAAAAAGCCCUUAACCCCAUACUUCCGGUUCUUUAUGGAAAAGAGAGCAAAGUAUGCCAAGCUGCACCCUGAGAUGAGCAACUUGGACCUCACCAAGAUUCUCUCCAAGAAGUACAGAGAGCUUCCAGAAAAGAAGAAGAAAAAGUACGUAGAAGACUUCCUGAGAGACAAGGAAACAUUUGUGCAAAGCAUGCUGAAGUUCAGGGAGCUUCACCCAGACCUGAUGGAGAGCAUGACGAAGAAAGGUUCCAACGUGCCAGAGAAGCCUAGAACACCUCAGCAGUUGUGGUAUAACCAUGAGAAGAAGGCACUCCUCAAAACACACCCAGAUGCGACCACCAAAGACAUUAAAGAUAGUCUUGGGAAACAGUGGACGCAGCUGUCUGACAAAAAGAGACUUAAGUGGAUCGGAAAGUCUCUGGAACUGCUGAAACUGUAUGAGGAGACAAUGCGGGAGUACAUUCAACAGCACCCAGAGCUGAACAUGACCCAGGAGAACAUUGUGAAGUCGACCCUGACAAAGGCUGAGAGACAUCUGAAAGACAAGUCUGAUGGCAGGCCGGACAAACCCCCUCCGAACGGUUACUCCAUGUUCUGUGCAGAGUUGAUGUCUAGCAUGAAGGACGUACCAAGCACAGAGCGCAUGGUCAUGUGCAGCCAACAGUGGAAGCUGCUCAAGCAAGCUGAAAAAGAUGGAUACCAGAAACGCUGUGAGCAGAGGAAGAAAGAAUACGAAAUUGAGAUGAACCGAUUUCUUUGUAGUUUGUCAGAGGAGGAACAGCAGCGCGUCUUGGGCGAGCAAAAGAUGUUAGGCUUUAAAAAAGGCAAUGGAGCUAACAGUCCUGCCGCCAAAAAGAAGAAUUCUAAAGCAAAGGCCAGCCCAGAGAAGCCCAAAAGGCCCAUCUCAGCUAUGUUCAUCUUCUCGGAAGAAAAACGUCCUAAACUGCAGCAGGAGAGACCUGACCUGUCUGAGAGUGAGCUCACCAGGCUGCUGGCACGCAUGUGGAAUGACCUCUCAGAUAAGAAAAAGGAGAAGUUUAAGCGGCUUGAGACUGUUCUGAAAGCCGAGUCCGAGAAGAAAGGAAAACAGGAUCGUAACCAGCUCCCAGACACCCCCAAAACAGCUCAGGACAUCUGGCAACAGAGCGUCAUAGGAGACUACCUGGCCAGAUUCAAGAACGACCGACCGAAGGCCCAAAAGGCCAUGGAAGCAACGUGGAACACCAUGGAGAAGAAGGAGAAGAUUGUCUGGAUCAAGAAGGCAGCAGAGGACCAGAAAAGAUACGAUAGGGAACUGAGUGACAUGCGCUCACCUGCCACCAUCAUCGCCUCAGGGAAGAAGAUGAAGUUUGAGGGCGAGCCCAAGAAACCACCAUCAAAUGGCUAUCAGAAGUUCUCACAGGAAAUGCUGUCCAAUGGCGAGCUGAACCAUCUUCCAAUGAAGGAGCGGAUGGCUGAGAUCGGCGGCCGCUGGCAGAGGCAGACCCAGAAGGAGAAGGACCGCUACAAGAAGAUUGCUGAGGAGAAGCAGAGGCAGUACAAAGUCCUGCUGGAACAGUGGCUAGCGAGUAUUUCUCCUCAAGAGAGAGCUACUUACAAGGAAUACAACUCGCAAAAAAGAAAGAGCACAGCAAAACCAGGAGGCACUAAUGCCAAAGUUCCAGCCAAGGCAGUAAAAAAAAUAGAAUCGGAGGAUGAAGAUGAUGAUGAUGAUGAUGAUGACGACGAGGAGGAGGAAGAGAAGGCCUCUUCCGAGGCAGAUUCCUCCAGUGGAGACAACAGUGAAGAGGAGGACGACGACGACGAUGAUGAUAACGAGGAGGAGGAGGCGGAAGACAAGGAGAACAAGUCUGAGAGCAGUAGCAGCGAGUCGAGCUCUGCUGAGACGUCGGACUCUGAUUCAGACUAAUAAGGGUCGGUUCUGACCUGAUAGACUGAACAGCGCUGAGCUGAGCCAAGAGUCUAGGGAGCUCUGCCACUGUGCCGACCCUGCUGUCCUCCCGCCACCAGAGAGCGCUCAUGCACCCCCACCUCCAUCUCACACAAGCCCCUCAUUUCUCCUGUAGUGGUUAACUGUUCAUUCAGGGGGAUACCCUGCUCUUUAAGGCCCUCUGUCCAUUAUCUCAUUCACUUCUAACCGGUUCCAUUGCCCAUCUGGUCUUAGGCUACCCUAGGUUGAGCCUCUGGCUUUAUGAUAGGGCAGUUGGGUAUAUUUGGAUAGUUUUAAGUUGCAUGGGUGCAAAUAUUUGAAAUGGUUGUCUGUUUUUUUGGUUGGUAAUUUAAAUUUGGCCCCAGAACCCACAUUUUUAUGUGAAUCCUGACUGAUCUAGUGUGAGGUUUCUCGACCACUCAUUGGAGUAGGGGUGUUGUAAAGAGGCUUCACAAAGCCAAAGAACCUAUGUUUUCUGGUGGAUUAGUUUGGGGUGGGAGGUAGCUAGCAGGUGACCAAAUAAUUGCACUCUUGAGAAUGUUUUUUUUUUUUUUCUCUCUUUUCAAUUCUUCUUUGGCGCCUCUGCUUUGUUUCUGCUAAAAAUGUUGAUGUGAUUUUUAUUGUUUGGUUCUUACAGAGGUGGUAACUUCAGGAAAAAUUUAAGCCAUUAUGAAUGUCUUUUUGUUGCUGGAAAAUCAGAGAUGUAACAAUUAGCUAACAGUUUGAGUGGGGUUAGGUGCAUUUUU